GAAUCAAUUUACAUAAGCCUAUCUUAAUUGAAAUUUAUUUUCUAGAAGCCGAUUAUUACCAAAUUCAGAAUGAAACCUUACGAACUGAUUGUGAUUUGUAUUCUACUAGCGAGUACAUCUUGGGCAGCUGAAAAUUACGACGACAUACCGGCUGAUUGUACUCUAACUGGUAAUUCCUUGGAUCCUCUAGCUUCAAUAGUAUCCAAUUGUACAGAGAUUUUGGUAAAGGAUUUCGAAGUGCCUGCUGGUCGUAAUUUAACCAUAGAACCACAAGAUGGUACCACAAUAGUAUUUUCUGGACGCAUUACUGUUGGUUACAAAGAAAUGGAGGGGUUCCUUAUUAUAAUUAGGGGUAACAAUCUGACAGUUAUCGGAGCUCCAGGACAUAUUUUGGAUUGUGAUGGAGCUAGAUGGUGGGAUGGACUUGGUGGAGGGGGCGGGAAACUAAAACCAAGGUUCUUUAGGAUUCAAAGGGUCACCAAUUCAAUUUUUAAAGACCUAAAUAUUAAAAAUACGCCCACCCAGUGCUUCUCAAUUAAUGGCUGCGAGAAUGUGACCUUAACAAAUAUCACCAUAGAUGAUUCGGAUGGCGAUACACAAGGAGGUCACAACACUGAUGCUUUUGACACGUCAGCAUCAAAAAGGGUUACAAUAAUGAAUUCUCGUAUUUUUAAUCAAGAUGACUGCCUUGCUAUCAAUUCCGGAAGUGAUCACGUAUUCAUAAAUAACACUUGUUCAGGAACUCAUGGAAUUUCCAUUGGAUCUGUCAGAAACGCGGUUGUUGAAAACAUUUUUGUUAAGAAUUGUACCGUAGUAAACUCUGGUACUGGUGUACGCAUCAAGACAGUAUUCAACACUACCGGAAUUGUAAGAAAUAUUACGUAUGAAGAUAUUAUUCUAGAGAAUAUUAGAGAUUACGGUAUAACCAUCCGUGGAGAUUACGUAAAUAAUGGAGUAACUGGCCCUCCAUUACCAGGCUUUAACAUAUCUGACAUUACUCUCCGAAACAUUCAUGGUACUGUCCAAAGGCGUGGUACUAAUGUUAUCAUUCUGUUGGCAGAUGGAGUGGCAUCACAUUGGACGGUAGAAAAUAUUGAUGUUCAUGGAGGAGGAAGACGUCCUAACUGUACUGGAAUACCCAUUGACAGUGGAUUGAAAUGUGAGGAUUAUAAUGGAAAAUGAUGUUUUUAAAAUGUAUUUCAAUUAAUGUUACGUAUGUCCUUUCUAUGAAAAUAUAAGUAUAAUUGUCGUU